AUGUUUAAUUAUGUUCAUAUCGACGAAGAGUGGUUUUUUUUGUCCCAAAAAGUUGAAAGGUACUACCUGCUUCCUGGAGAGCAUGAGCCAGAUCCGUAUCGUUCUUACAAAAGUAAAAAUAUUAUUCCAAAGGUUAUGUUUAUGGCUGCUGUAGCACGUCCUCGAUUUGAUGAAAAUGCAAUUGAGUUGUUUUCUGGAAAAAUAGGUAUUUUUUCGUUUGUAGUUAAGGAACCAGCUAAGAGGAAUAGCAAAAAUCGAACAGUAGGAACUAUGGAAACAAAGCCCAUUCAGUCAGUAACUAAAGAUAUCACUAGAGCUUGCUUGAUAGAGAAAGUUCUUCCUGCUAUUAGAGCAAAAUGGCCAGCUUCCGAUUCAAAUAAUCCUAUCUUUUUACAACAAGAUAAUGCAAGGCCACAUAUUGGUAACAAUGAUUUGGAAUUUAUUGAAGCUGCCCGACAAGAUGGAUUUGAUAUUAGAUUGUGUUUUCAACCAUCGAACAGUCCAGAUUUAAAGGUUUUAGAUCUUGGUUUUUCUAGAGCAAUCCAAAGUCUUCAAUAUCAAAUGGCCCCUAAAAAUGUUGAUGAAUUAGUGGAAGCAGUGGAAAGAUCUUUUGAUGAAAUCAAAGCGAAACAACUCAAUCAUGUAUUUCUUACUUUACAAUCUUGUAUGAUUGAGGUGAUGAAAUAUAGUGGCGGCAAUAAUUACAAAGUGCCUCAUUUGAACAAAAAUGGACUAGAAAGAGAAGAAAACCUUCCUCUCCAACUUCAUUGUGAUAUUGAUAUCGUCAAUAAAGAUUUGGCUCUACUUCAACAAUGA